AGAUGUAUAGGUGAAAGUCCUCGACACCACUAGAUACCUUCCAACGAUUAAAUUUUCUCGUCAGUAUGUUUGCUGCUCCCCUCUUGUAAAUCACCAAUUCUGUCAGCAACCAUCCACCGUUGGAACAAUACAGAAUCAUCGUCAGUUCAAGUACGCCGAACAAAUAUUCAACAUCGACGUGUUGUAGUAUGUUAGUUGGAUAAUUCGUCGAUCGUUUUGAGAUUUUUUUUGAGAAAAAAUGAAUGAAACAAUCAGUUUCGAUUCAGAGGUUAUUUUACCGAUGAUCAAACCUCUUACACAGUUGAAUACAAUUGCAAAAAAAGCCCCGGUCGAUAUCGAAUUUAGUGAUUUAACUUAUUGCGUUGCUGAUUCAAGUACCAAGGGGGGUUGGAGGCAGCUACUAAAAUCUGUAAAUGGUAGAUUCCGUUCUGGAGAAUUAACAGCGAUACUAGGUCCUUCUGGCGCAGGAAAAUCUACAUUGUUAAAUAUUUUAGCUGGAUAUGUGACUGCGGGAGUGAAAGGGAGUAUAAAAAUUAAUGGGGCACCAAGAGAUAUGAAACUUUUCACGAAGUUAUCUUCGUAUAUAAUGCAAGAAGAUUUAGUCCAGCCGAGAUUGAGUGUAAGGGAGGCUAUGACGGUGGCGGCUAAUUUAAAAUUGAGCUCUGAGAUCAGUCAUAAUGAGAAAUUAGCUGUGAUAGAUGAAGUCAUACAGCUUCUAGGUUUGCAGAAAUGUUACGAUACCAGAUCGGAACAUCUUUCAGGUGGACAAAGAAAACGAUUAUCAGUAGCUUUAGAGUUAGUAAAUAAUCCCCCAGUUAUUUUUCUAGACGAACCUACGACCGGUUUAGAUGAUGUAGCUAUAAAAAAAUGUAUUACUCUACUUAAAAACAUCACAAAAUUGGGUCGAAGUGUGAUAUGCACCAUACACCAGCCAUCCGCUUCGCUGUUUCAAAUAUUCGAUCAGGUUUAUGUAAUGGCGAACGGAUAUUGUAUUUAUAAUGGAUCACCUAAUCAAGUUGUACCUUUUUUGUCUACUGUUGAUUGUAUAUGUCCAGAAACAUACACACCAGCUGAUUUCAUUAUUGAAUUGGCACAAAUGAAUUCAGGCAAUAUUGCCGUUCUACAGGCACAAAUUCAAAACGGUAAACUGAACAUGAAAGAAAAAGUCAAUCAACCAUAUUAUGUUAGUGAAGUAUCAAAUUUGUGUGAUAUUAACGAAGUUACCGUACAAGCAGGCGUGCCAGUUCCAAAUUUUGAAUAUCCCACGUCAUUUUGGCUACAAUUUCACAUUUUAGCAUCUAGAAUGAUCUUACAGUUAAUAAGAAACAAAUGGAUAGUUUACCUCCAAUUUUUCCAUCAUUUUUUAUCUGGUUUACUUAUUGGAGGAAUAUUUUUCAGAAACGGAAAUGACGCCAGUCAAGUUAUUUCAAUAUUUAAAUGUUGUUUAACGAUUAACGUUUUCUUCGUGUACACGCACGUGAUGUCGCCAGUAUUAUUAUUUCCGUUAGAAGUUAAACUACUAAAAAGAGAAUAUUUUAAUCGUUGGUUUAGCUUGAAAGCUUAUUUUUGCGCUGUUACGGUUGUCAAUAUUCCUCUAUUGUUUAUUUAUGGAAUAAUGUUUAGUUCUAUAGUGUUUUUUAUGUCUGGACAACCAAUAGAACUCGGUAGAUUCAUUCUAUUUACCAGUAUAUGUAUAAACGUCGCUUUAUGUUCUCAAGGACUCGGCUACGCUAUCGGUGCUUCGUUCGAAAUAUUAAACGGAUCUGUUGUAGCUCCCCACAUUCUAGCACUACUCGUAGCUCUAGCUGUAUACGGAAUGGGAUACAAAGACUCCAUUGAACCAACCAUGAAAAUAUUUAUGUCAUUUAGCUACAUACGAUUUGGAUUAGUAGGAGCUACGACCUCUCUUCUUAGUAAUAGGGAUCCGCUGGAAUGUAAUGAAAUUUACUGUCACUAUAGAGAUCCGGAAGUGAUGUUACAAGAUUUGGGUAUGAAAGGUGCCAUUUCCUUCGAACAAUUCACCUACAUCACGAUAUUUACCAUUCUUUUCCGUUUGACAGCUUAUAUGUCAUUAAAAUACAGGAUGACUUCGGAACUUAGAAACAAAUUGGUGUAUUACGCUACUAAAAUUGUUAAACAAAAAGAAACGUAAAUAGAAGUAUUAAAAAAUAUAUUGAUUUUUAAUUUAUAUUUUUAUAAAUGGAGUUAUAAAAAAAUAUAUCAUAAAAAAUAUAAAA